AUGGACGAUCAUGUAGGGGCUGGAAGAGGCUCGUACAUCUGGGGGCGGAGCAUCCACAAUGUUCGAAUCGAGCGCCUAUGGGUCGAUGUCACAGCGCAAGUAACAUCAAAAUGGGCCGACUUCUUCACGGACCUCGAGCUCCGCCAUGGGCUGAACAUCAACAACAUCGACCACAUUCACCUCCUGCACUAUCUCUUCCUACCCCUGAUCAACACAGAACUGCUGUAUUUCGUCUCAGGCUGGAACCACCACACCAUUUCUGGUGUAAAUCGUACACCUUCCGAUAUGUUCGGUUGGGACAUGUACGUCCACGGUAUCCGUGGUGGCCAACUUCCUCCACAUCAGCAGCUGUUGACAGACGAAGAACUCGAGUAUUAUGGGGUCGACUUCGAGGGUCUCGGAGAGGAUGCCCUAUUGGGCUCUCGCGAGGCGAACAACCCAGAAGACGAAGGUGUCUCAUCAUUUCUAGGGCGAAUACCACCUGCCGAGCGCCUUAACACUGUCGCAGUUGAG